CGGUCAGCACCGCUCGCAUCGCAUUGCCGCGCCUUCCCUUCAUUCCCACCCGCCUACUUCACGCGCACCAACCACCCCCUCCGCUGCUUCAGUUCGUCCGCUCCAUCCAUCCCGUUUCUAUUCCGAGUGGACGCCAGGCGCAUAGGUAUAUUUGGCUGUAGAGAGCCUGAUUUAGAAGAUAGGAGCACAUCUUUGAGAGGGAGGAGCAUGCCGACGGGAACCAUGAGGAGGAUGUUCGUCGAGUCGUCCUCGUCCUCCUCCGGGAGCGGCAGGGAGGCGGAGCCGGCGGUGGUGCUGUGCGCGCCCCGGCCCCGCAGGGUCCACGCCCAGCCCUGCAGCGCCGACCUCAUCCUCGGCCCCCCGCCCUUCCUGCUCAACGCCUCCUCCGGCAGCAUAAAGCAGAGACAAGGGAAGAGCAAAACGCGGGAGGAGGACGACGAGUCGGAGGAGGAGGGGGAGGGGGGCUGGGCGCUGUUCGGCGGCUCGCCGCCGGCGCGCGCGGACAACCCGCUCGUCCACGACCCCCACUUCCUGCUCAACCAGCGCCCCCACGCCGCCGCGGAAUUCAACCUCGCGGCGGUUUUUGACCACCACCUCCACCACCACAGCCGCAACCACCACCACGCCCCAACCACAUAUAGCAAUAGCGGCAAUAGCCACAGUUUUGCCCCGUCGUACACGCACGCCGCGCCGGCGGUGAGGAUCCAGGGGUUCGACGUCGCCGCCUGCCGGGGCUCCCACGCCAGCAACGGCGGAGGCCGCGUGCUCUCCGCCCGCGCAUGAGCCUGAGCCCCAGCCCGAGCCGAGCAGACCCGCAAGGGAGAAGCCACCCACCACCGUCGUCCUCACCGACCUUGUACAGUUUUCCGCCGGCCGCCGCGUAUGUACGUAUGUACGUACGUACGUCUAGUGUACUAGCAGUAUCACCAUAUGCUACGUGUGUUCCUUGUGGUAUAUACAUACAUACGGGUUUACGUGAUGAAUUAACAUGAGAUGGGUAGCCAGGGUCUCCUAAGACUAAGUAAGUUUAAUUAAGAGUAGUAGAAGAAGAAUGAUCAUCAUCAGCAGCAUACACAAAGAGAGGAUCUCUAUUUUUACCUUUUUUUCGAGUUAGUAGUUUUUUGUGUGUCAGCAAGUGUUGUGUAGAUAUCAUGAGCGUUAAUCUUGUUCUAAGAAGGGUCGGUCUUUUGUUCCCAGGAUGAACAUGAAAGAUGGCCUGUGCAGUUGUGCUGGGCCAUCGUCGUGUUCAUCGCACCGCCAUGUAACCAUGGUUGUAUUUGUAAAAAAGAGAAUGGAAGGAAGAAGAAAGAAGAAAGUGUGUACAUACAUAGACAUGUUGGUUAUGCAGCUGUACCAUGUAAUGGAAUUGCAUCAAGUUGAUUCAAUAA